AUGUCAUGCCUCAGCUUUGCUAUCUUGUCUGGGGAGAAAAACUUUGUGCAGAAUUUGUGUGCCAGCUCGUUCCAUGUAGUGAUACUCGCAACUGGGAGUGAAUACAACCAUUCAAGUUCUCUGUCUCAUAGCGUAUGUGGAAAAAGCCUUAACCUAAUAGCGUCAUCCGAAAUCCCUUGUUCAUUUUGCGACAAGGGCACUCAUUUCGAUGUCAUAAUGAAUCUGAGGAUUCUCUCAAUCCAGGAUAUAGUAAAUGCUUGUGCUAUUGAAACGAUCAAUGUUAUUAUCAAAGAUGUUGGCGACUCAAUAUUUUCUAUUCUAGUUGAUGAAUCUUGUGAUGUGUCAAUGAAGGAGCAAAUGUCUAUUAUUUUACGUUAUGUAGACAAUAGUAGGCAUGCCAAUGAACGCUUAAUAGGGAUUGAACAUAUUACAAGUACCACGGCUCUAUCACUUAAGGCUGCAAUUGAUAAGGUAUUUUCUAGAUAUAACUUGAGUAUAUCUAGAUUGAGAGGACAAGGUUAUGAUGGAGCAAGUAAUAUGCAAGGUAAGUUUAAUGGUCUGAAAACACUCAUUUUGAAGGAGAGUCCAUGUGCCUUUUACAUUCACUGUUUUGUUCAUCAACUUCAACUUGCGCUUGUGGCUGUGGCAAAGAAGAACAUCCCUAUUACUAACUUUUUUCGUGUGGUUGGGAACGUGAUAAAUACUGUUGGAGCAUCUUCCAAACGUUGUGAUCUUCUUCGAGAAAAACAAUUAGACUUUAUUGUUGAGGCAUUGGAAAAGUGUGAUAUUUUAAGUGGACGGGGACUUAAUCAAGAAACGACCCUUCAGCGCUCUGGUGAGACACGAUGGAGUUCAUAUUAUAAUUCUUUGGUCAGCUUGCUUGCCAUAUUCUCUUUUGUUUUAGAUGUACUUGCAGUGAUUGUAGAAGAUGAAUCUUGUUCUUGUGAUCGAAGAUCUGAUGCAACAAAUUUAUUGGAGUUGAUACGAAGAUUUGAUUUUACAUUUAAUCUACAGUUGAUGAGAAGUGUGUUGGGGAUAUCAAAUAAACUGUCAAAGGCAUUGCAAAGAAAAGAUCAAGAUAUUGUGAAUGCAAUGCAAUUGGUGAGAUUGUGCAAACGAUGA